AUGACUCGUCAAUAUUUUAUUCCCGACCUCCUUGCUACGUGGCCAUGGCCAAGAUCCAUCAAUGCUUCUCUGAGCGAGGUCGAAGAGGAGGCAAAUGCAUGGGUCCAGUCGCUGGAACUGUUCGAUCCAUCACAAUUCAAAAAAUUCAAAGCAUGUAACUUCAAUCUACUUGGAGCUCUUAUUGGGCCACUAAGGAGUAAAGAUCAUCUUCGCAUCUCGUGCGACUUGAUGAACUUUUACUUUGCUUUCGACGAGUACACCGACUUGGCCAAUCGGGAAGAAGCCUUACAAAUCUCUAAGGAUGUUAUGGAUGCCUUCAGGGACACUUCGAAACCAUCCGAUAGCAAAUUAAUCGAAAUGGCUCGACAGUUUUUCCAGAGAACUGUGGAUGUUGUUGGAGACGACAGACCCGGAUUUGAGAGAUUCAUUGCCGAUUUUGAUGCAUACACAACAUCCAUAAUCCAGGAAGCAGAUGAUCGAUCUGUGGGCCACGUUAGAAGCGUGGAGGAUUACUUGAUUCUUCGACGCGAUACAUGUGGUGCAAAACCGAGCUUCUCAUUUUAUGCUCUCGGACUGAAUCUGCCCAAUGACGUGUUUGAUAAUUCUUUGGUUGCUUCGAUGCUGGAAGCUGCCACCGACCUCAUCGCCAUCACCAAUGAUAUGCACUCAUAUGGCCUGGAGCACUCCAGAGGUCUGGAUGGCCACAACGUCGUUACAGCCAUCAUGAAGGAAUACAAUCUCGACCUACAAGAGGCCCUUUACUGGCUCUCAGGAUACGCGACCAAAACCAUUUCCAAAUUCAACUCUGAUCGAAGAAAGCUACCAUCUUGGGGCCCCGAAGUCGACGCCGGGGUUCACGAAUUUUUCGACCUUGUGGGAAGAUGUGUUCGCGGAUACGAUGCCUGGAGCUACGAGACAAAGAGAUACUACGGUGACAAGGGUAUGCUGAUACAGAAAACCCGAAAGAUCACACUCCAACCCCGAGAUGCCGCAUAUAUUACAAGGGAACAGCUGAAAGUCAGCAUUACCGCGUAA